UAUCUUUUCCGUCGGACGGUACGCGGUAGAAGAAGAUGGCAACUAGCAAGGUAUUAGCUGGCAGAAUUGCUGUAAUAACUGGUGGAGGAAGCGGCAUAGGUCGCGCAACCAGCCAGCUCUUCGCUAAGCAUGGAGCAAGCGUGGCCGUGGUGGAUAGGACCCAGGGCGGUGCGGAUGAAACCAUCGCAAGCCUGCCCUCACACACAGACGAGCAGAUCCACAAGUCGUUCGUGGCGGAUGUCGGUGAUGGGGAUGCUGUGCGAGGUCUUGUUGCCGGGGUAAUGGAUACCUACAAGAAGCCGGCUACCAUCUUGGUGAAUUCGGCAGGUAUCACAAGAGAUCAGCUGAUGCUAAAAAUGUCUGAAGAGGAUUUCGAUGAGGUCAUCAAGGUCAAUCUUAAGGGCACAUUUCUGAUGUGUCAGGCAGUGAGCCAAGCUAUGGUGAAGAGUAAAGUUACAGGAGGGAGCUUCAUCAAUAUCAGCAGUAUCAUAGCCACGAUGGGCAACAUCGGUCAGGCGAACUAUUCAGCAUCUAAAGCAGGUAUCUUAGGAAUGACUAUGACAAUGGCCAAGGAGCUUAGCAGAUUUGAUAUCCGAUGCAAUAGUGUUUUACCUGGUUUUAUCUCAACACCGAUGACUGACAGGGUUCCUGAAAAAGUCAUCAAAAUGAUGUUAUCCUUAAUCCCUCUGGGUACUCUUGGUCAACCCGAGGACAUUGCAGAGACUUGUCUCUUCUUGGCCUCACCCGCCAGUAAAUACAUCACAGGAGCUAGCAUAGAUGUCAACGGAGGAAUGAUGGGGUGAGGUGGAGUCAUCAAACUAAUCAGGGAGUAAAGAUUUGAACAAAUCAAGAUGUCUGAUGAUUCACUACGCAUGGGAUAAUUGACUGCUGGAAAUAAACACUAUAUUGCAAUAGAGAUAAUGAAGAUGAUGAAAAUUACAAGGACAAUAAUAAUAAUAAUAAUAUUUAAUUUGUAUAUAGCACUUAAUACAAAUGUC